UCAUUUACGUGAUGCCACUGAACGCAUCACAUGCAGCAGAACGGCUGCGCCAUGUACAAUCAUGGCGGCCCUGGACGAACUGCGGGCACACACCAGUCACACAAACAGCCAAAUGAAAAACGACGCGAACAACUAUAUACAGUAAAACUAAAAGGAAACAAACAUUACCUGUAACACAGUAUGGCAGGAAGAAUAGGUUAAGUCGCUAGGGAAGCCGGUUUCAGAAAUGACUGCGCAACGGAAAAGCACUCUUAACUCAAUGGGUAAAAACUUCCACUCGACAAAACUUAAAUAACGAUACAAAAAGCAAGGUGGACUCGGAACAAAUCAGGGAACUAAUUAAAUACACCGCACCGUAGAAAAAGAAAAAAACAAAGUGAAAUAUUGUCAUUAAAUUAGAAAUUAAUCCGGAUCGUCAAUAAAAUGCGACUUACCCUGCGACUUCCCAGGUGCCUCUGAUUGAUUGCGCUACGGCGGGAAACUGGCGCCGCACUGUGCGCCGUUGCGUCACUUCCGCCAUGAUUUAAUACUCAAUGUCCACGGCUGUCCACGUCUUUUUUCGUUCCACUUUUUUUCGUUAGCCAGUGUGAUUAUAAAGAGACCAAGAAUCUCUUUAUGCUGAGUGACAGUCGCUCGUGCUAACUAGCUAGUAGAUGAGCAAAAUGGCCAAAAACAAACAAUAGCAGAUAGCGCGUAGCGGAAAAAAUGGACCCUAUAGUUCGAAAUUAAUGGAACCACUGUCUAUCGUGCGAAAACCCACUCUAAAUCAUAUUUACAUGAUUCAUGUUUGUUUCGUUGAUGCUGACCAGUGUUAGCGAUUGUGCGUUGCAGUUCCUAUACUGGCCAAAGAGAGCGCUGUUUUCCGCCCACAUUGUUGGUGCCUGCUCUGUGGAGCGAGGCGCCAGAGGAAAAUGGCGGACGGUGUGGAUCACAUCGAUAUCUACGCCGACGUCGAGGAGGAGUUCAGCCAGGAAGCCGACUACCCCGUUCACGAGCAGAUCGACCUGUACGACGAUGUGAUCUCCCCGUCGGCUAAUAAUGGCGACGCGCCAGAAGAUCGUGACUAUUUGGACUCGCUGCCCGCCCAGGGGGGCUCUGACGGAGGCAAGGCCGCCCCGCCCAAUGUUGUGUACACCUAUUCCGGGAAAAGGAUCGCCCUGUACAUUGGGAACCUCACGUGGUGGACGACAGAUGAGGACCUGACGGAAGCGAUUCGCUCGAUAGGCAUCACAGAUGUGUUGGAAAUCAAGUUCUUUGAAAACAGAGCCAAUGGGCAAUCCAAAGGGUUUGCCCUGGUGUGCGUGGGCUCGGAGGGCUCAUCUCGCAAGCUGAUGGAGCUUUUGUCCAAGAGGGAGUUGCACGGUCAGAAUCCCAUCGUGGCGCCGUGCAACAAGCAGUCUCUCAGUCAAUUUGAGAUGCAAUCCCGUAAAAGUAAGCACAGUACGCAGUCGGGCCAGAUGUCGGGCGAAGGGAAAGCCGGGCCCCCGUGCGGGGGGCGCGCCGGGUUUCCGAUGGGCAGCAGAGGAAGUCGCGGCAGGUUUCCAGGACCACCCAGCGGCCCCGGAGGAGACCGCUUCCCGGGUGGUGUUGGGCCCGGCGGGCCACCGCCUCACUUCCCUGGCUCGGGGAUGAGACCCGAUCUGAUUCGUCACCAAGAUGGACACCUGGAUCUGAAUUACAAUCCGGGGAGCUGGCGUGACAGAGGUGGGAUCCAGGGACCCCCACGGCCCCCUCCCGGUCCCCCCGGCCCACCAGGACCACCUCCCGGCCAGGGCCUCCCCCUACCCCUCGGUCCUCCCAACCGUGGGGACAGGCCGCCUCCCCCCGUUCUCUUCCCCGGUCAGUUUGGUCAGCCGCCAUUAGGACCCCUGCCUCCGGGGCCCCCGCCUCCCGGCUACGGUCCACCUCCCGGACCGCCUCCGCCCCAACAAGGCCCCCCGCCUCCGGGACCCUUCCCGCCACGUCCCCCUGGCCCCAUCGGGCCCCCCUUGGCUCUGGCUCCGCCUCCUCAUUUGGGGGGUCCUCCUCCUGGCGGGCCGCCGCCUGCUCCCCAUGUCAAUCCCGCCUUCUUCCCCCCGCCGGGUGGCAAUAACAUGCCCCCCAAUGACAGCAGGGGUCCCCCUGGACCAAACGAUCCAUAUGGACGCCCGCCACCAUAUGAAAGAGGAGACUACGGUCCCGGAGGCCGUGACAUGGAGUCAUCCCGGACCCCUCUGAGCGAGACGGAAUUCGAGGAGAUCAUGAACAGAAACCGAGCCAUCUCCUCCAGCGCCAUUUCCAGAGCCGUGUCUGACGCCAGCGCAGCGGACUAUGGCAGCGCCAUCGAGACGUUGGUCACCGCCAUCAGUCUGAUCAAGCAGUCCAAAGUAUCGGCGGAUGACCGCUGCAAGGUCCUCAUAAGCUCGCUUCAGGACUGCCUCCACGGAAUCGAGUCCAAAAGUUACGGCUCCACCAGGCGAGAGCGUUCCAGAGAGCGCGACCACAGCCGCUCGAGGGAAAAGAGCAGAAGGCACAAGUCUCGCAGUCGCGAGCGGCACGAAGACUACUACCGCGAGCGCAGCCGCGAGCGGGACCGCCACCGCGAGAGGGACCGCGACCGAGACCGCGAGAGGGAGCGGGAGAGGGAGUAUCGACACCGCUAAUGGACAAAUGAGCUCACUAACACCAAUGGACGGAUGGACAAAAGGAGGACGGACUUCAGCCCCUCGCCACCACCACCUGCAUGAGUGGACACAAUGCCGCCUCUUCUUCUUCUUCGUCGUCGUCCUCCACCGCCAUCCUUCCAUCUCCUCUGCCCAUUCUUCCCUCUUGUCUGUUCAUCUAGUGUGCAGACUGGAUGGAGGACAACCCCCCCCCUUUCGCCGCCACCUCCCCAUCCCUUCCCCCCUUCUCGUGUGUCAGGCUAUCCCAAACGUCAACUCAUGGUAAUUGGAAAAUCUUUCCCACUCAGCUCUUUUUUUUUCUAUUUUUUUUUUUAUGGCGUUUUAUUUUUGUGAUUGUUUUUGUCUCGUCUCUCUCGACAAACAAUGAAAUGGUCCACCUUUCCUUUUUAACUUUAGCGCUAACAUCCUUUGGUUUGUUUUCCCGCGCGCCCUCCUUGCGUGCGCUCAGUUGAGAGAGGAGUUUUUAUAAUAGGAUACAUGUCUGCUGUCUUCCCCCCACCCCACUUCCUUUUUCCAUCGCUCACUCCUUACCCCCCCACCCCUCCACCCCACCCCCCAUUCGUUCAUUCUCAUUUCUUCCCAUGUUUAGAAUGUUUGUACAUGUCUCUGCUUUUGAUUAAGACUAGAUGGUGUAAUAAAACAUGUUUACUGAGGUACACACUGUUGGAAGUGGCUCAUUUAUAUUAAAUGUACUGAAAAGUGUUUAUCAUAUAAACUCUGUUGUAGCCAGUAGUGAAUGGAUGAUGCCUUUAUUGACAAGGUAAGAUGGAAUGUACUCUUGUUGUAACGGCGACAAUGUAAAUCCGCGUCGACGUCGUCAUUUUCAAGCCUGAUACAAACUAUGCAUCAUGUUGUUGUUGGGAGGUUUGUUUAUAUAUACAUUUGGUGUGUAAUUGCACUGAAGAGUCACCGCCAGGUUCAUUGCAAAAAUCCUCUUUUGAUUUAUUUUUUGGGGAUAACUUUCCCGAGAAAUCAUGCACAUGGCCUCAAAGCUGCUCUCGAGUUCGCUCAAGUUUUGAUGUAUUGCAUAUAUUACGCCAUAGGCGGUGGCUGUUUGCCUUGAAAGCCAAAAUGUUGGGUGUCAACGUAAUGAGUGUCACACUUUUUCGAAAUGUAACGCAAAGUAAUGGAGAAAAAGGGGACCGCCAGUUAACCCUUCCCCGUUUCUGUUUGUCCACUUGAUCUCCCUGUUAUUGUUCAACUGUUAGACACCUUUUGUUGUCGUUUUUUCCAUGUGCUUGUUUUACUGUCCAAUUCAUUUUUGUUGAUUCAAACAUGCAUGUUUUUUUUAUUCACGCACAUGCCCCCUAAAGUUAUCCUCGGAGCUUUCCAAUUCUUGCACAGAAUGUCAUCCCAAAACGUUGUAAUCUGGGGGGGUGGUGGACCACUGCUGACGCUUUUUUUAAAAAUUGUCACCAAAUAUUUCAAGUACUGGGUACUCUUCGUCUGUAUUGUAUUGUCCUGGCAGUGUUUCAUGUUCACAUGCUGAUCAUGUGUUUUAACUGUAAACACAGUAGCGACGAUUUAUCACUUUUGCUUUUAAAAAAACGGGAGUCCUGUUCCACCGAUGCGCAUCCUCAUUUGUGUUUUCAGAGUUCUGCAGUGUAUGUUGAUAUUGUAUAGAGGCGUGUGUGUGUGUAUACAUGGUCAGAUAGCUUAAUGUGACCUCUUUACCCCCCACCCCCACUCCCACCCCACCCCCAACAGUGCACAAGGUAAGUGUUUGCAGGUUUACACAAGAUGAAGAAGAGAAGCAGACAGGUGCUAUUAGUCUAUUUUUGUAAUGAAUCAUACUUGAAUCGUGGAGUAGACAGUUGAAUGUAAUAUUUGCACAGCAAUAUAGCAUAAAUGUAUUUUUAAACAUUGAAAGGAAUUACUGUAAAGCACUAUAUGAUCCAAUCAAACUCCCAUGAUACCACUAUGACUGUUUUUAGUAGUUACAGGAGCUAUUUUUAACUUCAUUCCAAUGAAUGACCUGUGAGGCUGCAUUUGUGGUAAGAUCCAGCAAUAAAAUUUAAAAAUUAA